ACAUUGCUCAUAUGCCAUGUGGAAAAAAACAAAUGCAAGAAAUAGAGGAAGCUUAGCUGCGAUCAUCAUUGUGCGCCUUUUCGAAUCGCACAAAGCGGGACUUUCAUCCAAAAGAAAGACUACUUGCGACAAGUUAUAGGUUUUCUAGUUCACAUAAUUUGAAUUAAAAUGAUCGAUAUGAUUGAGAAGGAAGACUCCAUUAUCAGCGAAGAAGAAGCUGCUCAGUAUGACCGUCAGAUCCGUUUGUGGGGACUGGACGCUCAAAAGAGACUGCGUGGAUCCCACGUCCUCCUGGUUGGACUUGGGGGUUUAGGCGCUGAAGUGGCAAAGAAUCUAAUUCUGGCUGGAGUGAAAGGUUUAACCUUACUGGACCAUGAACAGGUUACCGAGGAGUCUAGCCAGGCCCAGUUCCUGAUCCCAGUGUCUGCACGUGGGCAGAACCGAGCUCAAGCCUCUCUGGAGCGGGCCCAGGCACUCAACCCUAUGGUGGAAGUCAAAGCAGACACCCAAAAUGUGGAGACCAAACCCGAUGAGUUCUUCCUCAAGUUUGAUGCCGUUUGUUUAACACGAUGCUCAUGGAAACUCAUGAUGCGUGUGGACCAACUCUGCUCCCAGAAGAACAUAAAGAUUUUCUGUGGAGACGUCUUCGGUUAUCAUGGGUAUAUGUUUUCUGACUUGGGCAAGGAGCAUCAUUAUGUAGAAGAAAAGCCCAAAGUGCGGAAAACCAAAGAGGAGACCUCAGAUGGACCCGAAGCAAAGAAAGUGAAGAUUGAGCCCAAUGAGACCACCAUGAUUAAAAAAACGGCUAGUUUCUGCUCAUUAAAAGAGGCUUUUGAAAUUGAUUGGACAAGUGAUAAAGCUAAGAAGAGCAUCAAGCGCACACCAAAGGACUACUUCCUUAUUCAAGUGCUGUUGAAGUUUCGUUCGGAUAAGGGUCGUGACCCCCAGCCUGCUAAGUUCACCGAGGACUCUGAGCGGCUAAUCCAGCUGUGUGAGGACGUGCUACAAUCGAAGGGGCUCCAGGGUGACCUUCUACCACAGGACUUCACCAGCUACUGCUUCUCUGAGAUGGCCCCAGUCUGUGCUGUGGUUGGUGGAGUGCUGGGACAAGAAGUUGUUAAGGCGCUGUCCCAAAGAGACGCUCCACAUCGGAACUUCUUUUUCUUUGAUGGUGUGAGUGGAAGUGGUGUGGUGGACUAUUUCGGCAAAGAGUGACCAAACCCAUCUGGCGGAGUAUGAGACAUUUUGGAAGAUGACCUGCUUUCCCAAGGGACCCUUGAGGAACAUACUGUGCUCUAAGCAAGCUGAAAUCAGUGAUAUUGUCAUUUGUCAUCUUUUCUGCGUACCAUUUUUUCCCUCGUAAGCCUUCACUUUGAUAAAGAGAAAUCCCUCUGUAAAUGUAGUUUAAUACACCAAUAGAAAAACAAUAUAAUGUCAUUUUUAAUAUUCAAUGUUGAUCCCAUGAUUACAAAGCAAGCCAUAUGCGUUUUCCAUUUGUACAAGAUUUUUUUUAUGCGUUUCAUUUUUCUCUACUCAAUUAAACAUUUUGAAUGUG